CAUCGUUGCGUUUCUACUUUCAUCGCUAAUGGGGGAGAAAAGUAAGGAAAAAAAGAAAUAAAGAAGGAAGGAAACAAAAAUGGCUUAAAGUUUCAUCAUUCUUAUGUCGUGGUGAAGAAAAUUUCUCUGCUCAUCAGUGAAGGUUGGUUAAAGCUUUACCAUUUUGAUUCUAUGUCUGGUUGCUAAAAUAUAUAAAAAUAAUCCUCUUUGUGUUAGAACUUUUCUGGUUUCAAAAUGGGUGAUUGAUAUAUACGUUUUGUAAUUUCUCAAAAGAUUCAAUUUUUGAAACUUGGUGAGCUUGAAAACUGGUGUUUUAUUUCCUAGAACUGUUGCAAAACUUCUCCUGUUUACUCUUGUGUGGGUGACCGUUUGUAACUUUGGGAUCUUGAUUGAUUCUAGUGAGGGUGAGCUAGAAACAUACUCUCUUUUCUCUCUCUUCUUGUGUCUUGUCAGAUUCUUUAAAGACUGAAUUUGUAAUUCUUGAUACAAGUUUGGAGCUUUUGCUGUUUAGUUGAAAUUGUGUCACAGCUUGAGCAAAGUAGCAGCAGGUGAAGUUCUUUGUUUUCUGUUCAUGAAAAUUUAUCUGUUUCAUACUAACUCGAUGAUACCUAUUCUCUGUUCAUUGAUUAUCAAAAUCAGAUACUAGUUAUCUAUGACCAUGAACACAGGUUGGUAAUUUCAUAUAAAAGUAUAUAUAUAUAUGUUGGGUUAUACUAUAAUCGUCAAUACAUUAAACUCUUAAACACAUAAUUCUUCACGAGGGAUUGUUGCAUUCGAAAGGGAAUACGGACUCUGGCUAGAAGAGCAGAACAGGAGAGUUAGUGAGAUUCGAACAGCACUCCAAGCUCAUAUGAGUGACAUUGAACUCAUGAAUGUUAGUAGAUUCUUGCUUGGACCACUACGCAAAUCUCUUCCGCAUCAAAGCUGAUGCUGCAAGGAUUGAUGCGUGCUACUUGGUAUCAGGCAUGUGGCGAACUUCGACUGAGCGUUUCUUUCAGUGGAUUGGAGGUUUCCGCCCAUCCGAGCUGUUACAUGUUGUGAUGCCAUAUCUUCAGCCGCUAACCAAUGAUCAAAUCCGGGAGGUUGCGAACCUUCAACUGUCGUCUCAAUAUUCAGAAGAUUCUCUCUCUCAAGGGAUAAAUAAAUUAAAGAUGGCUUUGGCUGAAAGAAUAGCAACCAAGGAGAUUCUUGAAGCAUUGCAGGGUUUUGUGAACCAGGGUUUCGAUUUUCCCAACGAUAACACUCGCCACCGGCGCCUUCGUCGCUUUGAAUGGGGAGAUAAUCAUCCAAAGUUUCCUUUUGGUUCCGUGGUCAAGCUUUAUGCUAAGUUGGGGCUUCAUCGUUACAAUUUGUUGGAGGGUACAAACUUGCAGCUGGAUAGCCUAAAGAGUUUCACCGUGAGCAUAACUGGCGGUCCUUCCUCUUACUACGUCAGUCUGGUUGCACGUGUUCCAGAUGGCGGUUUGCAGCAUUUUCAAGUUCUAGUUCGUGAAAGGGGUCUUGGCUUUCUGGACUUGGGGUGCCCUAUCGCUAGACCUCUAGUGACCGAGCCUUUCCUACGUCCUCAUAGCGAUCCACCUCCACCACCUGAUGGUUUGUUUUUCAGUGAUGAAUUGCCUGAUUGGCCAUCGGAGAUUGCUUUCAAUGAUAGAAAACGGUUUCACCUGGUGAAAGAAUCUGAGUUGAGAGACAAUGACUGGGUUCGUCUCUAUUUGGAACUUGCACUUGUUUUUCACGACAGGACUCUUACAGAGCGCUAUCUCUCCCUGUUGGAGAAAAAGCUCUGGACAACAAGCAGCGUUCUAAAAGGCUUAAGCGUCGUUUAGGUGUUCUUAGACUUUGGAGAUUAUCUAAUCCUAGGUGCCACCAGGUAUACAAGACCCGUCCCACAUUAUCCGCUGCUUAACUAAGUUAUUUAAUUUGUGCUUUUGGACUUUUAAGUGUAAUUUAUAAGUGUGUGCGACUGUC